GGACUACUCAAACGUCUGGAGUUCUGCAAAAAUAAUUCUCCUCACAUCUACAGCUCGCGCACUCCUUUGUAGGCUAGUUAGUAUUCUUUUUAUAUUGAUCUCAAGUUCUAGUUCUACGUAGGCCAACAACAGUCUUUAGAAAGUAUGAUUGGAAAAAUGAUUCAGCAGGCAAAGAAACACCCUGGACUCAUUCCCCAGUUCUUCUUCAUCGUGUUGGGGAUGGGCGGAGCCUCCCUCUACCUGGUUCGUCUCGCCCGCGGUCCGUACGUCAGCUGGAACAAGAAUGAUAACCCUGAGCCCUGGAAUAAGCUGAGCCCGACCUAUCAGUACAAGUUUGUGGCCAUCGACACCGACUACAAGAACCUGAAGAAGGAGGGCCCUGACUACUGAGGCUCACCGCGGUCUGAGCCACGCCCCCACAGGCCACGCCCCCUCAGGCCACGCCCAGCACGCCUCUCUCUAAACUCUGUAGCUUCUCGGUUUCUCUGCUUCUCGCGUGCGACGGGUGUCACGGAGUGGCGGGACAGGAAGACCGAACGAAGGUUCGGAUCAGACCCCCGCUGCCGAAACCUGAGCACCCUUUUCAAAGCUCUGUGUCACCUGAGCACCACACAGGUGAGCUCUCACCUGGCCAGAGUCCGCUCAGCCCAAACCCCAAAUAAAAACAAGUGGAAAGGCCAUAUUAACUGGAGAUCAGGAGUCGGGCUGGGGAGUACUGUGGGAUUGUACAUCGUUAUACGUAAGUGUUAGAGGCACUUGAUAGAGACAGAUUUUAAUGGCGAAACUAUAAGAAUGUGCAGGUGUCUCUGUGCAGGUGGCUGAACAGGUGAGCUUUCCUGCCUCAGUAACAGCACACACACACGCACACACACACACACACACACACACGUACAUACAAGCACACACACCCACACGCACACACACACACACACACACACACGUACAUGCGAGCACACACACACACACAGUCUCACAGACAGUCAGACCCUGUCACAGUUGUUAUAGAUCUGCAGAUGGGAACUGUUCCAUGUCUCUGAGCGUGUGUUGGGUUCUCCCAUUCAGACAUUAGCCAUGUCAGCUGCUACUGUCUUUCUGUUUGCCCAAUGUGGAGGGGGGGGGGUGGGGGGCGAAGUCUCUGCAAGCGCAAUCUGCCACUUUCCUCAUUUAACUGUGUCUCCAUGGUAAUCCACUACAUCUUCAUAAUAAAAAUAUGUACAUAUG